AUGCAUUCGAGUCAUCUGCUACUCGAGGAACCAAUCCGGAUGGCCACCAUUCUUGAGCCAUCCAAAGCUAGUUUCUUCCCUGCUAUGACGAAGAUUGUAGGGACUCUCGGCCCGCGCUCGCGAUCCGUUGAGGUUAUUUCAUCUUGCCUUAAAGCUGGAAUGUCUGUGGCAAGAUUUGAUUUUUCGUGGGGUGAUGCUGAGUAUCACCAAGAGACUUUGGAGAAUUUGAAGACUGCUAUUAAGAGCAGUAAGAAACUCUGUGCCGUUAUGCUCGACACUGUGGGUGCUGAAAUGCAAGUUGUUAAUAAAAGUGAGAAGGCUAUAACCCUCAAGGCAGAUGACAAUGUUAUUCUGACGCCUGAUCAAGGUCAAGAAGCAUCUUCCGAAGUUUUGCCGAUCAACUUUGCUGGGCUGGCUAAGGCUGUAAAGAAGGGAGACACCAUUUUUGUUGGACAGUACUUAUUCACUGGAAGCGAAACAACUUCUGUUUGGCUUGAGGUAAUUGAAGUGAAAGGUGAUGAUGUGGUUUGUGCUAUCAAGAAUUCUGCAACCUUGGCUGGAGCUUUGUUCACUUUGCAUGCUUCUCAAAUUCAUAUCGACUUGCCCACACUAACUGAUCAGGACAAGCAGGCUAUCAGCUCAUGGGGUGUCCAGAACAAAAUUGAUUUUCUGUCAUUGUCCUACACACGUCACGCGGAGGAUGUUCGUGAGGCGCGUGAUUUUCUAUCCAAGCUUGGUGAUCUAAGCCAGACUCAAAUCUUUGCUAAAAUCGAAAACGUCGAGGGGUUGACCCACUUUGAUGAGAUCCUUCAGGAGGCAGAUGGCAUCAUUCUAUCACGUGGGAACCUUGGCAUUGAUCUUCCACCUGAGAAGGUGUUUUUGUUUCAGAAAUCUGCUGUUUACAAAUGUAACAUGGCAGGGAAGCCAGCUGUGGUGACUCGUGUGGUCGAUAGUAUGACAGAUAAUCUCAGGCCUACUCGUGCUGAGGCAACUGAUGUUGCUAAUGCCGUUUUAGAUGGAUGUGAUGCAAUUCUUCUUGGUGCUGAGACCUUACGUGGAUUGUACCCUGUUGAAACUAUUUCCACUGUUGGCAAAAUUUGUGCCGAGGCAGAGAAGGUCUUCAAUCAAGACCAAUACUUUAAGAAAACGGUGAAAUUUGUCGGAGAACCCAUGACCCACUUGGAAUCUAUUGCUUCCUCCGCGGUUCGUGCUGCCCUUAAAGUGAAGGCUUCCGUUAUCAUAUGCUUUACAUCGUCCGGGAGAGCAGCAAGAUUGAUAGCAAAAUAUAGGCCAACAAUGCCCGUUUUAUCUGUUGUGAUCCCUCGAUUGAAGACCAAUCAACUGAAGUGGAGUUUCAGUGGUGCAUUUGAGGCGAGACAAUCGCUUAUAGUACGUGGGCUGUUCCCCUUGCUUGCUGAUCCUCGUCAUCCUGCUGAGUCUACAAACGCGACAAACGAGUCAGUUUUGAAGGUUGCGCUCGAUCAUGGGAAAGCCUCGGGUGUCAUAAAGUCCCACGAUCGUGUCGUCGUUUGCCAGAAAGUCGGAGAUGCAUCUGUUGUCAAGAUUAUCGAGCUCGAAGAUUAA